GCGGCCGCCGCGAGGCCUCGUCUUCCUCCCAAACUUUGCAAAGUCGGCCCGCGGCCCCGCCGCCCUCGGCCGCUCCUCGGCUGGAAGGCUCGGCGAGCCGCCGCUGCGGCCCCGCGAGGAGGAGGAGCCGCCGCCGCCGCCGCCGCAUCAAAGAGACCGAAUUCCCGCGGCCUGGGGGGGAGUCAUGCUUUGCGGUCUGUAAUGUCAGCGGAACAGGAGAAAGAUCCCAUUUCGCUGAAGAGAGUUCGAGGUGGUGAUAGUGGACUGGAUGGGUUAGGAGGACCAGGUGUACAGCUAGGAAGCCCAGAUAAGAAAAAGCGCAAGGCAAAUACACAGGGGCCUUCUUUUCCUCCAUUGUCUGAGUAUGCGCCACCACCAAAUCCAAACUCAGACCAUCUAGUGGCUGCUAAUCCGUUUGAUGACAACUAUAAUACUAUUUCCUAUAAACCACUACCUUCGUCAAAUCCGUAUCUUGGCCCUGGUUAUCCUGGCUUUGGAGGCUAUAGCACAUUCAGAAUGCCACCUCACGUUCCCCCCCGAGUGUCUUCCCCGUUCUGUGGUCCUUACUCUCUCAGGAAUCAGCCACACCCAUUUCCUCAGAACCCUCUGGGCAUGGGUUUUAAUCGACCUCAUGCUUUUAACUUCGGGCCACAUGAUAAUUCAAGUUUUGGAAAUCCAUCUUAUAAUAAUGCACUAAGUCAGAAUGUUAACAUGCCUAAUCAACACUUUAGACAAAAUCCUGCUGAAAACUUCGGUCAGAUUCCUCCACAGAAUGCAAGCCAAGUAUCUAACCCUGACUUGGCAUCUAAUUUUGUCCCUGGAAAUAAUACAAAUUUUACUUCCCCAUUAGAAUCUAAUCAUUCUUUUAUUCCUCCCCCAAACAAUUUUGGUCAAGCAAAAGCACCACCCCCAAAACAAGAAUUUAGUCAAGGAGCAACCAAAAACACGAAUCAAAAUUCCUCUGCUCAUCCACCUCACUUAAAUAUGGAUGACACAGUGAAUCAGAGUAAUAUUGAACUAAAAAAUGUUAAUCGAAACAAUGCAGUAAGUCAAGAGAAUAGCCGUUCCAGUAGUGCUGAAGCCACAAAUAACAACCAUGCAAAUGGGACACAGAGUAAGCCACGACAAGCUCGAGGCACAGCCGAGGCCUGUGCCACCGAGAAAGGCAGUAAAUCCUCUCUCCACCCAAGCCGCCACGGCCAUUCAUCUUCUGACCCAGUGUAUCCUUGUGGAAUUUGUACAAAUGAAGUGAAUGAUGAUCAAGAUGCCAUCUUAUGUGAGGCUUCUUGUCAGAAAUGGUUUCAUCGGAUCUGCACUGGAAUGACCGAAACAGCUUAUGGCCUCCUAACUGCAGAAGCGUCAGCAGUGUGGGGCUGUGAUACCUGUAUGGCUGACAAAGAUGUCCAGCUCAUGCGCACCAGAGAAACGUUUGGUCCACCCACUGUGGGCAGUGAUGCGUAAACACAGGCAUUAACUCGAGCGUCUCACCGGCGGAUUACAGAGGUUUGGUGACACAGGAUUUUAACGUUCUACAUUAUUUUUUUAAAUGCACACACAGAGGUGAUUUAUCUUUUAGUUUUUAUGUAUAUUCCACUUCAGUAGUAGGACAAGUUUUGUAUUGUCUUUGUUGGCUCUCGUAAAUGAGAAUAAUAUAUAUGGGGGUGCUUUAGAAAGCACCAUACAGAUAGGUGUUAGUUGUUGUUGCUUAUCAUAAAACACAAAAGCCUCUUGAAGCUUCAAAAUAAUAUCCAGCAAAUGUAGGCAAGUUUUAACUUUUAAAAGUUAGAAUCAUUGAAAGAUGUAUAUUUCAUUGCUGAACUUUGAAGGUGUCAUGUUCAACAUUUAGUUCGAAACGUUUUUCAAGUAUAUACUUAACACGUUUUCAGAACAAAAUGUGCAUAGCUAUAAUAUUAGGGGAAGCAUGGAUGUUUUUAAUGAAUGGUUUAAAAAAUAUUAGUGUAUGACACCAGAUACGUCAAUCACAAGAUAAUUCCUUGAAAUUGGUGACUUUGAUAUUUCCAAGUCAGUCUUUCCAGGAUAUCUGUUUGUACAGAUAGGAGACAGAUCUUAGGAUAUAGUAGAAGCUCAGUAUUGAUUAACUUGUGGAUUGUACCACAUGAAAUUGCUAAUAUUCAGUCACUUGAAAAUUGAACACAAUUAGUAGAGUUGAUGUAAAGUAUGUUUCCAGUUGUGCUAUUUAGAAUUAUAACAGGAUUAUGCCCUUCAAUUUUCUUUGAUUAUUGAGCUAUUUUUUAUAGAAAAAAAGAAAGUAUCCCCAGAAGAAUCGAGGAUACUUUUUUUAUGACUUUAAACUAGGAUAUAUUGCAAAUAAGGCAGGUAGAAACAUCAAUUUGGCCUGCUAGCAAAAAACUCCUCAGUGGUGGUUUAAAAAUUUUUGUUUGGAACCCGAUUUUCAGAAAUGAGCCUCAGAGGGAAUCAGAAUCCAUUCUGAACAAAGAUCAAGGUUAAGGUUAACUCACAAACCGCAGUUCGUAGCCUGGCAGCUGACCUGGGAGUUUCUGUCGUGACUUGGAGGAAGUGUACAAAAUCGACAAGAGAGUACCCUCUUGAGAAGUGAUAAAAAAUGGAGACAGUUUGAGAUGUGCGCAUUAAGAUUCAAAACAGCGAAAAAAGAUUUUAAACAGCAAAAACCCAUUUUUGAAGUGGAUCGUAGCUUAUGACCAAAAAAAAAAAAAAAAAGGAUACUGUAUCACAACUGACAGCAGUUUAUACAAUGGUUGGAUGUUGAUGAAGCUCCCGAACAUGCGCAGUUUGUACAAUGGUUGGAUGUUGCUAAAGCUCCCGAACAUGCGCAGUUUGUACCAUGGUUGGCUGUUGAUGAAGCUCACGAACAUGCGCAGUUUGUACAAUGGUUGGCUGUUGAUGACGCUCCCGAACAUGCGCAGUUUGUACAAUGGUUGGAUGUUGCUGAAGCUCCUGAACAUGCGCAGUUUGUACAAUGGUUGGCUGUUGACGCUCCCAGACAUGCGCAGUUUGUACAAUGGUUGGCGGUUGAUGAAGCUCCCAAACAUGCGCCAGCAUUAUCACUGCAACCCGAAAAGGUCUGAAGACCGUGUGUAUGGGGGUCUGCGAAAGGGAUAAUUCAUGGCUAUUUAAAUCUGAAACAAUGACAGCAACAGCAUAUUGUCAAGAAAUCAAAAUGACGCCUGAAAAAUUUGAUUUAAAAAUGUCUUUCCAUUAAACACUUUUACUUACAGCACUUGACCUCGCAUGUCAUAUACCACUGAACUGGUUUAUAAAAUUAUGUCAUGUCCACCGUAGUCACCGGACCUUCAUCCAAUGGAUAUCAUCUUUAUCAUCAUAUGUAGCUUUUUCUAAGAGACAACACACUCCCCAAUUGAGAAGCAGUAACUGGAGAAUUUGAUCAAUUUAUACAGUCCAACAAAUUAUGAAUUUUAUAAAAGUGAAAUAUGCUAUUUAAUAUCCUGUUAGAGAAAAAAAGUUAAUGCUCCUGGUGCAUAUUUUGAUUUUGAGUAAAACUGACUUUUUAAAAUACAGUGUUUUAAUUUUGACCUGCAAAAACAGCAAUUUCAUAUGGUACAAGGUAAUAAUAAUAGUUUUCUCCAUUUACCCCCUUGACUAGUCAGAGGUGAGUACAAAGUAUUUUCAAAAGUCGUGAAAUAUAUAUCUUUACAAUGUUAGGAAACAAAAUGAUACGAACUCUAAUAUUAGGUACUCCUUUGUGUGUGAACUUUACCAGCUGAAGUAGGUUAAAAUGCAGUAUAUUUGGCUGACUGACAUUUGAUGAUAUUCAGUAGUAUACUUGAAGAUCUCAUUUUGCUAAUGCUGUAUUUUUUGUUAGAGAUAUGUAAUUUUUUAAAUGUGUAGGGGUCUAGUUGUUUUCUCUUGAAAUUCCAGUGAGUGCUGACUUUCAAGAAACGAUGCACUGCAUGCCGCGUGCCAGUCCUAGCAUCAGACCAUGAUUUCUUAUGACUGAGCAGAGUAGAUGCUGUGAGUAGGACCUUCUAGUGCUCUCAGGAGUUAACAUUUCAUGUGAUAGUACUUGAGUUGUGCGCCGUUGUUAAGGUUGAUUAUGCAGUGUCUUAGCCUUAUGUUGCUUACAGUGUCAGUAGUUAACUGUUUUUGUGAAAACGAAAUAACCGCUCCCAGCUAAUCUAAAGAUACUUGGUUUGCAAUAUGAUUCUUUCAUUUCCCAUUUCCACGUAGUAGUUUUUAAAAACUUACAAACAAGUGAAUUUUUAUUCACAUGUUUAGACCCUCAAAGCACCUUACUUAAAUAAGAAUCUGUAAAUAUUCAAAAGAAAAACACGUAGUUGAUUCUGGCAAUGAAUCCUAGCCAAAAUAUCAUCAUAAUUGAUGAAUGUUUGUAUUCAUUUAAGUUAAUAAUUUCUUACUAGUUCCACAUUUGUCUCUCCGUGACACUAAGUCAGAGUUGUCUAGAUGCAUUUUGGUAGGAGAAUGAUGAAGUGUAACAAUGGUCCAAUGCUAAUUUGCCCACUUUGACCCAAACAAAGCCAUUAUACAAAUUGAUAUGGUUUUCUUAGGACAAGCAGUGAGCUGUCCUGACUUUAAAACUGUGCAGCGGUGGGAAGAAACGCAUACAGGUGGAAUACUCUUCCAGAAACAUUGCAUCUGCUCUGGUGUAAUCCUUAUGUACAGAAAAUCAUACACACACAGUGACUGAUCAGGAAAUCAUAGGAGUUUCUCCUACAUUGUCAGGUUUUGCCAAAGUUCAGCCUGACUAGCUGUCAGCAGCCAGGCUCCCUGACCCAGGCCAGGUUACUUAUGGGAAGGAAGUGUAAAAGCAUUGGUUCCUUUCUCAGAGCUGCUUGUUCACUCACUGGAGAAUCCCUGACCCACUUGCUUCUGGAUGCUACUGGGCUCACUAAGACUGACAUAGCUUAGCUUGUAGAAGAAAAUAAAAUGUUCUUCAGAUAGAAUGCUUAGAAUUAGAUCUUUGGUCAGUGUUUUCCUUUUGUGUGAAAUACUUUAAAGUACUGCUGUUAUGAUUCUUAUCCAAUUAGAAAGCUGUGUAAAUAAAGCUGAAAAAUGUCUUGUACUAGUGCUUAUUCUUCAUAGGUAAACACUAUAUCAAGAAAUUCAGUGUUUGUUUUCUUUGAUUAGACUCCCAGCUCUGCCUAGUGGUAGGGAAAACAAAACCAAACCAAACCUCUUAAUAGUAUAGGUCACCAUGAAAUCUGCCAAUUUUUAUCACCCCAAUAAAAUAAUUAGCAAGAAUCUUUCAUCUAAAUUCUUUCAGACAUGUUUGUCUUGAGCAUAUUGAGUGCUAAUACUUACUGUCCAGCAAACUGUAGUAAUUGUGUUUAACAGUAAGAGAGUAUAUAAGCAAUAAUUUUGUUUAAGGAAGCUCUGAAGAGUUUGGAUUUUUUUUUUGCUGGUGUAGAAAGGGUCCAUAUGCCUGCACAUUUGUGCUAUUUUGGGUUUUUUUAAUUAAAAAUAUUUAACUAAAAUCAUCCAGUCUCCCAAAGUUCAUUUGUAAAUAGUGGUCUAGAACUCUGUAUAAAAUGAUUAGAUUCCUGGGGACGCUCCUAAAAGUUUAUUUAAACCAUAAUGUAGUUAACCAAUAGUAUCAUUCCGAGGUGUCAGUCUUCUUUAGGGAACCCAUCACUGUCAGAGAGAGAAAGAAGCAGAGGUCUUUCCUUGUUCCUGGUGUGUAAGGUUAAGUUCUUUGGUGUGUUUCCUAGUUGCCCUAAAUUCACCAGCAGAAUGCUUCAUAAACAGACUUGCUUUUCCCCUCCUGGAUUCUCUGUACUUCAAAACUUCUUAUCUUUCCUCCGGCCAAAUUCUCGUUUCUUUGUGUAGCAGUGGUUGGCCAGGUUUUAAGAGAAAAGCAAGCAUUUUUCACUAAGAGGUGAAUGAAAUUAGUGAAGCAAGUGGGAUUAAAUUUCUUUAAAAAAAUACUUUAUUCAGAAUGAACCUUUAAUAUCUAAUAUUUCAGACAAUAUUACCACAUUCUAGGCACUGUGAUAAGCAUUAUUUUUAGUGAGUUGAUACUGUCUUGGGAUUACUUCCCAAUUUCCUUCAAAUUGUGGCUUUUCACAGCUUCCUUUCCUCUGCUUCUGAACUCAGUUUUCUCCCAAGUUUUAUGUAACUGCCCCUUUCUCUCUCCUCCACCUAUCCCGUAAAAAAAUCCCAUAGAGCAGUAUAAAAGUCAACUGUGCAUUUGCCACCUCUUGGUGGUACAAUGAUGGGUUUGGAGAUACCCCUGGAGCGAGUUGGCUAGGAUGGCAUUAACAUGUCCCAAGAUAAGUGGUCCAGGGGAGACGAAGGGAAGAAAGUGGCUGUCCAUAAGCCAGGCAUUAAUACAGCAGAGGCUGCCUGCAUGCACUUGAAAACUGUAAUGAAACCUAGUGGAUGAACUUCAUCUUUGUUGUGUUUUGUCCAUAAUACGUGACUUGCUGUUAUACUAGGACUUACUCUAAAUACCUUUACCUUUCUUGUUCUCUAGUUGAUGUAGGUGAUGUUGCUUGUUAGUUAAAAUAUUAUCUUUUAUAAAAGAAAGUCCUGCUUCUUAUCAUGAUGUAUGUGACUUAAAUGACUGUUUCAUAUUAAAACUAUUUCUUCCUUAUGUACUGUUUACAUAUACCUCUUUUUGGGAUAUUAGUUCAGUACUUUUAUAUAAAUCUGAGUGUGUUCCACAUUGGUGACAUGUAUUUUUGCAGUAAUUUUUUGUUUUGUUUUUAGAGCAUGUCUGAGGUAACACAUGCACUAGUGCUGUGGUCUGUGGCAAAAUUACUGUAAUUCAAAUUGGAACAAAAUGUUUCCAGACUUUGUCCAACAUUUAUUCCUAUGGCAAAGGAAAUUACUAUGUAAUACUAAUUAUUUCUUAUGCUGGUAUGUUUUAAGCUACUCUAUGAAGUAUGUGAAACAUCAAUAUUUAUGGAUUAGUAGAUGGCCUGAUGUCUUUGAAAUGAGAGGGCAAAAUUUGCUGUUAGCAAUUCAUGCAUUCAUAACACAAUAAAUACUUCUUAAAAAUUUGAUCUUCCACUUACAGGUAUGAUUUAAUAAGAACUUAAUAUCUUAAGGGACAGUGCAUAUUAGGAUGUUUUCUUUUUCUUUUUUAGCCUCUACUAUUAAAACGAUAUACUAGACUUUAAACUUACGUGUUCCAAUUAAAAAAGAUAAUCAUUCACUCCCUUAUAACCAGAAUAAGAAAUCUUUACUUACUAAAUAAAUUUAUGCUUAGGAUAGCAUAAAACUCCACUAAUUUACUUAGGAUUUGUAAUUAUCGAUACAAGGACUUGAAUGGUGUUUGCUUUGUACUAUCUGAUGAAAGGAUUUGUUCAUAAAACUCAUAACCAAGGUUUUGAUCUCGAGGGCAAUUUUUAAAAGCUUUUUAGAAGCAUUUAUUUUAGAAUACUAGCUAAAAAGCAUUCUUACUAAGUCAUUAAAACAAAUACCCAAAGGAACUAUAUUAGGUAGUACGCCAGUACAAAUUUGUAUAUUUAAAAUUAUAUGCUUGAAAGAAGAAAAUACUUGAGUGCUUAAACUGCAUAUCUCUAAAAUAUUCAAAUUUUUAGAUAUCAAUUCAAACUACCCUGAAUUAGUGUGGUCUUACUAUCAAUGAUGUAUGCUACAAAAUGGCUACCUAUUUUAUAUUAGUGGUAUCUCUAUAGAGCAGCAUUUUAGACAUGGUUGUGGCAUAUUUUGUACAUUUCAUUGUCUGCUAUUGAUAGGAUUGAGAUAGCAAUAAACCUGAUUUGGUUCUUAACAUUUUUAAUGCCAGGUACUGUACUAUUUCAUGAUCCCAUUACAGUUGACGUUAGUGCCCAAUAUUUUCAUGGGUCUAUUUUUUGUGUUAAAAUUUAGUGUUACAUGUUAGGGGUUUAUUUUUGUCUUGUAUUUUCAUGCAUAAUCUUUCAGAACUGGGUCCGUUUCUGACUAAAUCAUAGAUAUUUAAAGAAGUAUUAAUAGUAAAUGAUUCAUGAAUUGCUUUGUGGAAAAUUAAACACGAAUGAAAUGACUAGAUUACCCCAAAUUGUUUAUUUUCUUUGCAUGGCUAGUGUACAGGUUACAAUUUUCGGAGAAAUAAAAUUGGCUUGGUAACUGAUUGGAUAUAGUAGAUAAUGGAUAGUUUGACUGUUUAAGGGCUUCCAAGUGUUAAGUACAGUCUCAAUUUUUAAUUACUUUGUGAUAGUCAUUAUAAAUAGUAAUAAUCCAAUUCUUUUUCUUUUUGAGGUAUUUAACUCUUAAAAAUUUUCCCUUCUCAUCCCUUUCCCUUCUUCCCUAUACACCAUGCUAGAAUUUAAAAUUGGAGGAGUUUAGUUUGUCUUCCACAUUUUAGCUUUUUAUUCUGUAGGUAAGUAGUUAGACAAGUAGAGGUGCUCUGUCCAAACAGUCGGUGUUAUUGUUGGCCAUUGUUUUCAGGGAUAAUGUUAAGUGUCAUGUGUAUUGUAUAAGGAAUGUUGUUUAUCGGUCUAUAGACCUACUAUUCCUAAAAAUAAUGUAUAGCAGGCUUUCUUGAACAGUAUGUAUUCCCAAUUUCUUUCCUAUAGUGUUAUUUUGCUUCAGAUUCUUUUAAAUAAAGCUAGUUUUUAAAGAGAAAACAACUGCUUUUUAAGUUCUUGACUUUCAUCAGGACAAGUAGGUGUGAGAAUCUUGGCUUGGGGCGGGGAGAUAUCAGAGAAAACUACUAAAUUUCAUAUUCUUAACUUUUACGUUUUAUUGAAUUUACUUGAUGCUUAUGUAAGAGUGCCCUUCUAUGCUCUAUUCUGUUUUCUCUGUCUGUCCCUACAUUAGUAAGUUUCCAAAGUUGAUUAGUGGUUACAAGGGGCAGGUGGGAGGGGGAGAUGGGGGUUAUUGCCUAAGGAGCUCUGAGUUUCUGUUAAGGGUGAGGGAAGAAUUUGAAAACAGUAGUGGUGAGAGUUACACAACAUGCUUAAUGUGAUUAAUGUCAGUGAAUAGUAUGAGUAAAAAUGUUGAAACAGUAAAUGUUUUGUUAUGUGUAUUUUAUCACAGUUUUUUAAAAAAUAGAAAAAUCCAAAUAUUAAAUGAUUGUAUAGUUUAAAUUAUUUUUAAGGCCAUCUAUAUGAUGGAAAACUGUAGAAUUGAAACUUCAUAUUGUAUAAAAAACGAUCUAAUUGUUAAGUGAAAAAAGUUUAGAGGAAUGGUAGGUUAUAUACAGAAUGAUGAGUUUCUAAAAGUCUGACAUGAUUAGUUAUCUAGUGCUGCUGCAACAGAAAUACUACAAGUGGGUGGUUUUAAAGAAUAGAAAUUUAUUUUCUCAUAAUUCAGGAGGCUAGAAGUCCAAAUUCAGGGCACAGCUCUAGGGGAAGGCUCACUCUCUUGGCUCUGAGGUGAGGUCCUUGUCUCAGCUUCUGUAACCCCGCAUUCCUCGGCGCCUUGACUGUCUCCAUGUGACAGCUACCAUUAUCCCAUUUGUGCUUUCUCUCUGUGUCUAACCUUCUCGUUUUAUAUCUCAAUAGUCAUUAGGUUUAUGACACACUACACUGAUAUGGCCUCAUUAACAUAACAAAACCAUAUUCCCAAAUGAGAUUACAUCCACAGGUUGAGGGGUUACAAUUCCAACACGUACUUUUGGGGGACACGAUUCAAUCCAUAACAUGUCAAAAUAUUAAUGAUGUUUAUCUACCCUUGAGUAGUGUAAGUAUGGGUGAUUUUUCUUGUUGGUAUUAUCAACAAUAAACAUGUAUUUUGGUCAUCCGAAAACAUAUUUAAAAAAAAAGUAAAAAAUAGGAAAAGGUGUAUCAGAAAAAUACUAAUCAAAGAACAAUAUAUGGCAAUGUUCAUAUCAGACAAAAAGGCAAAAAGAAUAGAAAAGAAAGAACAUUUUGUAAGAAAAGGAACAGCCCAUCAAAAUGAUACAAUAAUUAUGAACAUGUAAGCUUAUAAUAGGGCCUCAGUAUGUGUAAAGCAGAAGAUGGUAUUACAGGAGAAAUCAGUAGCAAUUAUGUGAGAUUUUUGAACAAAUUUCCAUCAGAAAAUGAUAGCUCAAGUAGGCCAAAAAAAAAAAAAACCCAAAAGUGAAUCAUUAAACCUGUGUCAAAAUGCAUUUAGAAUAUUCAAACAAAUGUGGCUACAACAAUAGACAUUUAUUAUUUCACAUAAAAUAAAGUUUGAAGAGAGACUGUGCCAGGAUUGAUUAAUUCAGUUCAGUGUCAGGAAACUGUAUGGGUUUGGUUUCUUUGUAAUUCUCUUAACUCAUGAUUGCAAGAUGCCUAUCACUGUUUCAGACAUAAUUUUCUCACAAAACAUCCAAAAGCAAGCAGGAGAAGUGGCUCAUGUUGCUCUUUUCAUCCGGGGGGUGAGGUCUUCCAAAACCAAAUGUGAAUUAGUUCAGAUCAAAUGUGAUUCAUCCUUUCAGGCUAGACCUAUCUUCUCCAAAAAUGUUGCCAUCUGAUUUGCAAACUAAAUCAAGGAAAAAGUGGAAGGCCCUGCCUUCCUAGUGGUGCUGUAACACAAACACCACAAGCGGGUGGCUAUAAAGAACAGAAAUUUAUUUUCUCACAGUUUUGUAGUAUAAAAGUCCAAAUCAGGGUCUCAGCUGUAUCGAUUUCUUUCCUUGCCAGUAGCCCUGGUUCCUUGGAGAUCCUUAUGUGGCAUCUGUGUUCCCCAUGUGUGUCUCUUAUGUCUACUCUGCUUUUUUAUAACUCAGAAAUGAUUAGGCUGAUAAUCCACCCUACGCUGGUAUGACCUAAUUAACAUAACACAAAACACCAUAUUUCCAAAAAGGAUUACAUCCGUAGGUAUGUUGUUUUUGUUAGGUGCCAUCCAGUCAGCUCCGACUUAGAGUAACCCUGUACGUACAACAGAAUGAAACACUGCCCAGUCCUGUGCCAUCCUCAGAAUUGUUGCUAUGUUUGAGCCCAUUGUUGCAGCCACUGUGUCAAUCCAUCUCGUUGAGGGUCUUCCUUUUUUUUGUUGCCCCUCAACUUUACUAAGCAUCAUGUUCUUCAGGGACUGGUCCCUCCUGACAACAUGUCCAAAGUAUGUAAGAUGAAGUCUUGCCCUCCUUGCUUCUAAGGAGCAUUCUAGCUAUACUUCUUCCAAGACAGAUUUGUUUAUUCUUCAGGUGGUACAUGAUAUAUUCAAUAUUCUUUGCCAAUACCAGAAAGACAUCAAUUCUCUGCGGUCUUCCUUAUUCAUGGUCCAGCAUUUGCAUGUGUACGAGGGGACUAAAAAUACCAUAGCUUGGGUCAGGCACACCUUAGUUCUCAAGUGACACUUUUGCCUUUUUAACACUUUAAAGAGAUCUUUGCAGCAGAUUUGCCCAGUGCAAUAUGUUGUUUGAUUUCUUGACCGCCGUUUCCAUGGGCAUUGUUUAUGGAUCCAAGUAAAAUGAAAUCCUUGAUAACUUCAGUCUUUUCUCCAUUUAUCAUGAUAUUGCUUACUGGUCCUGUUGUGAGGAUUUUUGUUUAAAUUGAGGUGUAAUCCAUACUGAAGGCUGAAGUCUUUGAUCUUCAUCAGUAAGUGCUUCAAGUCCUCUUCACUUUCAGCAAGCAAGGUUGUGUCACCUGCAUAAUGUGGGAUGUUAAAGAGUCUUCCUGUAAUCCUGAUGCCCUGUUUUUCCUCAUAUAGACCAGCUUCUCAGAUUAUUUGCUCAGCAUACAGAUAGAAUAACUAUGGUGAAAGGAUACAGCCUUAGCACACACUUUUCCUAAUUUUCAGCCACCCUCGUUCUGUUCAAACAGCUGCCUCUUGGUCUAUGUACAGGUUUCUCAUGAGCACAAUUAAUCGUUCUGGAAUUCCUGUUCUUCACAAUGUUAUCCAUAAUUUGUUAUGAUUCACACAGUUGAAUGCUUUAGCAUAGUCAAUAAAACACAGGUAAACAUCUUUCUGGUAUUCUCUGCUUUCAGCCAAAAUCCAUCUGACAUCAGCUCCACAAAUAUAGGGAUUAGGCUUUCAACACAUAUUUGGGAAGGACACAAUUUGACCCAUAACAAUAACUUCUUUGAUUAUACUUUCCUAUUAUCAAACCCUAAAUUAUGAAGAAGAUGUUUUCCAAGAUGUCUUUUAGACUUAAACCAUCUUUGGGUUUUCCCAGAAGGGCCCUGGAAAUCACAAAGACUUAUUCUUAAAAAAAAAAAAGGUAGAAAUAAUUAGAAUUACUUGUUAUACCUCAUAUUUCUUAAUUAAAUCAACAUUAUUGUACGAGCUUACAUGGGAAGAACUGUGAUAUUUGAAGAAAAGUUCAAUCUUUUCUAGGUGAUUUUUAGGUAAAUGUUACCAAUAAAAACAUGUUUCAGAGAUUAUGCACUUAAAUAGUCAAAACCCUAAGAAGAGAAUUGUAAGCACAUGUUAAAAGACACAGGAAUGAGUUUAAAGGGAUUUCCAGUGACCAAAUAUGGCACCAUUAGAGCAUCAAAGUAAUGAUAGUCAAGUGAGUCACUGAAAAGUGAAUGUGUUUGAGAGAUAUUUAAGAUUUGGAGAUUGAUUGGAUUUGUGUUCCCUAUCAUGGGUAUAGUUGUCAAAGUUGGCAUUCAGUUUUAAAAACCUUGUUUCUAUCCUCAGCUAGACAGAAAGCCAUUUCAUGUCCAGAAUGUGGAUCAGAGAAAUGCUUAUGGGUAAAUACAAGAGGAAAGCAUUGGAUCUACUAAAUUGUCUGAACGAAAUAGUAACAUUGAGUCCUUUACACGGAAUGAUGUAACCCUCUUGAUAUCCUACAAAUAGAUAUUAUUGCCUUCAUUUUACAGAUGAGGAAAUAAAGGUUCGGGGGUGAGAAACUUGCCCAGGGACAUACAGCUAAGAAAAGUUAGAGUUGGGAUUCUAACCAAAAUUUGCCUGACUCCAGACACAAAGUUGAAGAACCAAAUUUUCACAGCAAGGACUUAGGGGGAAAAAAAAAAAAGAUUUUAGCAUGAAAAGAUGUUAACAUUCCCGACCUUAGACCCUGAGGCCCCUGCUUUAGGCCUGUGACCGUUUUCCUGCUGCACCCCCUCCAAGGGGCAGGGAAGCUGUGGGUGAAGGCAAUGUACUACCCAGACCUCGUGUCCCCUUUUCCAUACUGGUUUGGCUACCCUGAAUAUGACAGUUCCGUGCCCACCAGCCCUGAGCCAUUUCUAGGAGCUGAAAGUGUCUUUUGUCUGAUUAGUCUUCCUGAGAGCAGCCUGUUCUCCUGGCGUCCACACCUCUGUGCCCAAGGACAGGCUGUUUCCUCUGCCAUGGUCCUGCAUGAAACUCAAAGCUGACUGAGAAUUCCAAAUUUUAACUUGGUCUUCCAGAUCAUUAUGAAGGCAAUCAAGGUAAGGUAAUCAAGAUAAGAACAGGGAGAAUAUUUUAUUAAACAUACUGUCAGCUUGAUUUGUAACUACAAUAUCUGAUUCUUGUUUAUUGGGUAAUACUAUGUCACUAAUAUAUUUUGAUAUUAAUCUACUGAUACUUAAUAAAUCUCAGAACUUUAAAAGUUUAAUAUUAUACUUCAUACAUGAAAAGAAAGACUCUUUGGUGGUUACAAGGGAGGGGAGGGGAGGGAAAAAUACUAAGUAGACAAUAGAUAAGUAGUUACUAUGGUGAGGGUAAAACAGUACACAGUACUGGGGAAGCCAGCAAACUUGUACAAGGCAAGGUCAUGGACGCUCCAUAGACACAUCUAAACUCCCUGAGGAACUGAAUUACUGGGCUGAGGGCUGGUGACCACGGUCUCAGGGAACAUCUAGCUCAAUUGGAGUAACGUAGUUCAUAAUGGAAAUGUUCUACGUUCUACUUUGGUGAGUACCGUCUGGGAUCUUCAAAGCCUGUGAGUGGCCAUCUAAGAUACUCCACUGGUCCCACCCUGUGUGGAGCAAGGGAGAAUGAAGAAAACCAAACACACAAAGCAAAGAUUAUUCCAAAGCACUAAUGGACAGCAAGUACUAUAGCCUCCACCAGACUGAGUCCAGUAUAUCUAGAGGGUGCCCGGCUACCACCACCAACUGCUCUGACAGGAAUCACAGUAGAGGGUCCCAGACAGAGCUGGAGAAAAAUGUAGAACAAAAUUCUAACAUUAAAAAAAAAAAGACCAGACUUACCGGCCUUACAGAGACUGGAGAAACCCCAAGAGUAUGGCCCCUGUACACUGUUAUAGUUCAGUAAUAAAGUCACUCCUGAGGUUCACCCUUCAGCCAAAGAUUAGACAGGCCCAUAAAACAGAGUGAGACUAAAUGGGCACACCAUCUCAGGGGCAAGGACGAUAUGGUAGGAGGGGACAGGAAAGCUGGCAACGGGGAACCCAAGGUCAAGAAGGGGAGAGUGUUGACAUGUGGGGGUGGCAACCAGUGUCACAAAACAAUAUGUGUAUUGUUUAAUGAGGAACUAAUUUGCUCUGUAAACCCUCAUCCAAAAUACAAUAAGAAAGUUUAAUAUAGUAAUAAGCAUCUGUAUUUAUAUAAAAACAAAUUUAAACUAAACUCAGUUAUAAAAUGUUAAAAAAAAAAAUUGUGGACAAAACCAAAACAUAACUUUAUGUUUAUAUUCUCCUCUUAUUAGUCAUGUAAAAUUCUACUUUAAUAAUAGCUGUUCUACUUAAAAGUAAAUUAAGAUGCUGUUCUUUAUGUUAAAAUAACUGGUAUUGUGCUAAAAGUCUAAUAGAAAAAAUCAUCAAGAUCUAUACACUGUAAAUGUAAAUCUAAGAAUACAGGGUCACUUCAUACUCUUUACAUGAGUUCUGUAUAUGCCUGUCUACUUGUAAACCACAUUGUCUUUUCCUAAAUCCCAAAUUUAAAAUAGUAAAAUAACUAAUGUAUUUAAACCUAGUGCCUAGACUUUAGUCUUGAAAUCCACUCUCUACUAAAAACAGCUAAAGAUUCUCAGACAGUGACUGAUUCCAUUUCUUGGAGAGGAAAAGAAAGAAAAAAAAUUUCAAGUUGGGCCUAAAUCAUUUUGUCUCCAGAAAGAAGCACUCUUUUAAAAGUUCUGGAGUGGCACUGAAAGACAUAGAAAUUAGAAAUAACGAGGUUGACAGGAUGUGGAAAAUGUAACCAGUGUCACUGAGCAAUAUGUAUAGGAAUUAUUAAAUGGGAACCUAAUUUGCUGUGUAAGCUUUCACCAGAAACCCAAUAAUUAAAAAAAUAAAUAAAUAAAGAUCUCAUCACUUGACCUUAAAAAAUAAAUCAACUUUUCCAAGUGGCCAAAUUUGACCAUCAAAAAUAAAUAAAAUUAUGUUAGAUAAUUAAUUUUAGGUUAAGAAUAACAAAUCAGAUUUAAUUUUUGCUUCAUAAUGUAUAUUUUCACUCCCUAAGAACUUCAUUAUACUCAAGGAGAAAAUAAGGACCCUCCUAUACUAAAGAGUUUGUUAAUAAAAUUUCACUUUAAUUCUGUAAUAUUUUUAUAUAUAAAAUAAUAUAUUUGUAUGUUUAUGAAUCAUGAGAAUAAAAUGAACAAACCUGUCACCCAAAAUUGGAGAGGGGGGAAGAAACUUGCCAAUUUCUUUGAUGCUCUCUGGUCACAAGCUUUGAAUCAACCAAAAGUAAUUGGGUGUUCUCUCUGGGUUUUCCUAGGCAACGAGCCAUGGACUUGGACCUCCAUUCUCCCAGUGGUGGGGGCAGGGGGGAUGAACUGGUACUCAGCUUCCCAUGGGUCUGGUCCUUUCUCUCUCCAACUGUAGUUUUCCUUGUGACCCAAGGUCUCCAGAUAUUGAGCCGCUGACUUUCUGUGACAACUUCUAUAGAUAGGCGGCACCUAGCUGGAGACUGCCUGGUGCCCCAGUAGUUUCCCUACGGGCAAGUUUUCUUUCUUGUUUGUUCUGUAAGAAGGGAAUAUGAAAAUGGGACAGAGUUCCUCCAAGGACAGUGCUUCCUCUUGGGAUGAGGGAGGAAUGGGGGAACUUGUGCCUUUCUUUGGCUUUGUAAGCCUCUCCUUUCCUCAGUAAAGCCUGUUCCCUAAGGAAGUGUCUCGCAAACUGUGUACUGUAUCCGAAUUACAUGGAGAGCUUGUGAAACACAGAUUGCUGGGCUCUACCUUUACAGUUUCUGGUUCAGCAGGUCUGGGCUGGGGCAUGGGAAUUUGCAUUUGUAACAGGUUCCCAGGAGAUGCUGAUAUUGCUGGCCAGGACCAUCCCCCAAAAACCCCUGUCUUCAUAGAUGCAGUGUGGCUGUGGAACUCAUCUCUGCUACCUACCAAAAAGGGUUCCACCUGCAUGACUUUUACCUAGGAGUUAACCAUGAUGCUAUCACCCUACUUUCCUGGAUAGUUUAACCACAUAUAUAGGAAUACUUACCCAAUAGGUUUAGUUUUCUUUGCUUUAAAGUUCUAUUAAACAGGCAUUAUUCCUUAAGGGUUGCGUUAAAAAAAAAAAACAACACCACAUUGCUGUCAAGUCGAUUCCGACUCGUAGCAACCCUAUAGGACAAAAUAGAACUGCCCGGUAGGGUUUCCAAGGAGUGCCUGGUGGAUCUGAACUGCCAACCUUUUGGUUAGCAGUUAUAGCUCUUAACCACUCCCCCACCAGGGUUUCCAUAAAGGUCAUAUAAGACUUUUUCUCUUACCCAUACAGUGUAUAGCUACAGUUCAUUCUUUACUGUUGUAUGAUAGUCUGUGAUGUGAAUGUACCUGUUGGAUAUAUGGCUUGUUUUCAUAUUUUUGCUAUGAAGCUGCCACAAAUACUUGGAAAUACCUUCUAGUGUACAUAAGCAAGACUUUCUCUAGGGCAGUGUUUCUCAGCUGGGAGCAAUGUUACUAUUUGGCGAUGUCUGCAAACAUUUUUGGUCGUCACAGGGUGGGGGGGGUGUUACUGGUUUCUAGUGGGUAGAAGCCAGGGAUGCUGCUAAACAUCCUACAUUACACAGGACAGCUCCUCCCCACUCACCCACACCCACACACAACAGAGAAGUAUACGGCCUAAAAUGUCAAUAGUGUGGAGGUUGAAAAAUCCUGUUCUAGGAAAGUACUUUGCGAAGCAUCAGCAUCACCUGGGAACUUGUUAGAAAUCUCUGGGGGUAUAUGCACACAUAGGAGUGGACUUGCUAGUUAUAAAACAAAACAAGAAAACCAAAUCCACUGCCAUCGAGUCAAUUCCAACCCAUAUCAAACCUAGAGGACAGAGUAGAACUCCCCACUAGGGUUUCCAAGGAGCAGCUGGUGGAUUUGAAUUGCAGACCUUCUGGUUAGCAGCACAGCUUGUAACCACUCCACCACGAGGGCUCUGUGGAUUGACUAGUGGCCUUCAAAGAGAUAUUGAAGUCCUAACUCCUAGUACCUGUGAAUGUGACCUUGUUUGGAAAAAGGGGGUUUAAAGGUGUUAUCGAUUAAUAUGAGACCAUACUGAAAUAGGGUGGGUCCUAAUACAAUCUGAGUGGUGUGCUUAUAGAAGAGACAGGAGCAACAGAAAGAGGAAAAAUCACCAUGUGACAACAGAGUUAUGCUGCAGCCGCAAGCCAAGAAAAGUCUGGGACUGCCAGAAGCCAGGAGAGACAAGAAAGGAUAUUCCACUAAAGACUUCUGAGAGAACUUGGGUCCUGCCGACACCCUGAAUUCACACUACUGGGCUCCAGAAUAAACUUCUGUUCUUAUAAGCCACCUGUAUGUAGUACUUUGCUACGUCAGCCUUAGGAAACUAAUACAGGAAACAAAGGGAAAUGUCUGAGACAACAACAAAAAAAAAAACAAUCCGUAGGAUUCAUCUUGAUUAGGGCAACAAGGAAAGGGAAGAAGUCUAGGAUGACUCUCAGGGCUCAAAGUUACAGGGAUCUUGAGAUAAUAAACCUCUGACAAAAUUGGUUAAGUGAGGGAAGGCUUGUUUGGUGGGAAAGAUUUUCCCCUCAAGUCUGUUAUUCCUAAACGCUCCUCAAGGAAUUCCUCAGGAGUUUUGAAGUUUCUUUGUGUUAAGACCCAACAAAAGUAAAGUUUAAAAUCCAAAUCCCUAGGUGACAAGUAAUUUGUAGAUGCUUACCUAAAUUAAAUUCACUGAGUUAGCGUCGACUUCCAGUAAUUCAUACCCUAUUCAGUAAAGUCUACAGAAAGCAGCUAUGGGGGAACCAACACUGGAAUAAGAGUUAAGACAUGAGGAUUUUAAUCAUGGUUCUGCCACUAUCUAUGUGACAAUGGGUUUAAGAAUAAGGGUCUCAGAUUCCUUAAAUAAGUGUAGGCUGAGAGGACAUGAUUUUCAGGUUUUCUUCCAGGGCAAGAGUUCAUAGCCUACCUGAGUAAUUGUAAGAUAUAUCUACAUAAAUCCAAUUUACCCUACUGCUUAGGUGCAGCAAAUCAUUGGUCACAUGUGAGUCACAGAAUCAUUUCUCCCCAGUUCUCAAAACUUGUAUCCAACCCUUUUCCAGUUGCUGUUGAGUUGAUUUCCACCCAUGGUGGCCUGUGUGUGUCAGAGUACCACCAUGCUCCACAUUCGGUUUUUAGUGGCUAAUGUUUUUCCAGAAGUAGAUCGCCAGGCCUUUCUUCCCAGGCACCGCAGCGUAGACUGAAACCUCCAACCUUCCCAAACCAACCCCGUAGUGUGCCAACCAAUUGGUUCCG